UCUCCAACUAAAACAAAAUAAACAGAUAAGAACGAAAACUGCUCCUAACGUUGUGUCCCGCUCGAUCUCGUCGUCGUUCCCCUCCCCACUCUCUCUCUCUCUCUCUCUCUCUCUCUCUCUCUCUAGAUCAUUCGCUCCUCCACGAAAAAAAGAAACCCUAAACGGAAACCCUAAUUUAUUUAGGGUUUUACAUGAGGGAUUGAUUGAGGGGAAAGAAACAGAAAAAAGACAGUAUAUAUAUAAGAAGAAAAAGAUGCGGCCGAGUUGGUCGCAGAGCUCGCUAGGUUUUCUUCUCAAGUUCUUGAACUAUCUCCAGAGCUUCGUUGGGGUCUCCAUCGUUUUAUACUCCGUGUGGCUGCUUAGCUUGUGGCGUCGCCGCAGUUCCGAUCUCCAUGAGCCUACAAUCCCAUGGCUUGUGUGGACUCUGAUGGGUUUUGGAAUUUUGGUGUGUUUGAUCACUUUUGUGGGUCUAAUCUCUGCAGGAGCAGGCAAUGGUUGCUUCCUCUGUUGUUAUGCUGCACUGAUAGUUACACUCAUUCUACUAGAAGCAGCUUCAGUGGGUUACAUAGUAUUCAACAAACAGUGGGAACAAAGUUUUCCCCAUGAUGCUACUGGAGAACUGAAGAUAAUUCGCACCUUUAUCGAUGACAAUCUUGAUUUCUCUAUCUGUGUUUCUGUAAUUGUGGUGGUUGUUCAGGCGCUUUCGCUUGUGCUGGCAAUGCUAUUGAGAAACAUGGUUCUGCCGAGGAGGCUGGAGGACGAAAGCAACGAAGAUAUCCCUGUUUCGAGAAAACCACUGCUCGGUCCACGUCCUGACGCUUCAACUUCUAUCGAUCGAAGGAUUAGCGACGAUUCGCUGAUUUCACAGAUUAGGCAGAAGUUUGGAUUCGAGUCAGGGCAGAUUUCGGAGGAUGUCGGCGAAAAUCGGUUUCCACAAUUAGCCACAAUGCCGAGGAGCUAGAAGAUGAUCCUACUGUAAAUAUAACAAGAGGGGGAAAAAAAUUUAGUUUGUUCUGCAGCUUCUGCUUGGAAAGUUUUGUGAAUGUUUUAACUUAAAUAUCUCAUGACAACAAAUUCACCUUUUAGAAGAAAAAAAAUAAAAAAAAUACAUGACAAAUUCGCGAUUCUUGCCCUUGUAUAUAGAGAGAGUUGUUUUGAUCAUGUGAAUUAGUUGAUUUUGUGAUGUGAUAUUGAAAUUGUGGAGAUUGUGAUGGAUUAUCCUUAUGCUGAAUAUAUGUUUGAAAAUUCUGGGAUAA